AUGUCUGCCUCAGGCACAAGGGCAAGUGGAUCCACGUUUCGAAUACGCGGCCGCACCACAUUAUGCCUUGGCAGAAGGUUUGCGAGAACCGCCCAGGUCUCAGACUCCGCCACCCUCGGCCUCGAGCACAUCGAGGAAGGUUCUUUGCGGCUUGCAUUGCUUUACAAUGUGGCGUCUUGGUGCCCUGUGUCGCACCCGGGCCUCGCAGACGAAAGCGUCACAUCAUCAGGCUGCCAGAAGGAUGCCGAAAAGGAGCUGUGCGAAAUCAUUGCCCUCGCAGCAACAAGUGACGGAGCUCAAAGACUUCAGGAAGCCGUGGAGGAGCCCUUCAACCCUCAAGCGCCGUCGAACAGCUUCGACAGCUCCUCGAUUGCCAUGGCUUUACCCUGGGUCUUGCCACGGUGCAAUUUGUACCUACGGUGUCCGACUGGAUGGUCGCAGCCGCAGGACAGAGCGAACGGCCUCGUGCCAUCUGUGGGCUGGCGGGGAGGCGCGGCUUGA